GUCGCCUCUGGAGUAAACAUCCAAAAACUAGGGAAGUCUCCCGUUUUAUCGUUACUCCUCCUUGAUCUUCGUUUUUAGUUUGAUAUUAGAGGGCCUGGUCGCUGGGGUUGUUUGUUAGCCGAAUAUCGUUAUACUAUAUUGAAUUUAAGCUCCUGAACAAAUAAGAAAUGACUGCCGUGGACCAUGAACAUGCUGCUAGGCUGGUCACGCACUUAUCACAGCAGCGUGCAUCAGGAAAAUACUGCGACGUUUGUGUCUGCGUUGUGGAACAAAGAUUCCUUGCUCAUAAAUGUGUUCUUUCUGCAAACAGCGACCAGCUUGAUGCAUUAAUUUUGGAUGCAACUGAUGAAGAUAAUACAAGUCAUGAUAUCGAGAUUGAAAUUCAUGGUGUGAGUCCUGUUGGAUUUGAGAUCGUACUGGAAUACUUCUAUACUGGAGUUCUCCGCCUUGAACCGACAACAGUGACAAACACAUGGAUGACUGCUGUGUACCUCGGUCUUCCUGAUAUUAUCAAUCGAUGUAAUGCUUAUUGCCAGCAAACACUCACUGUCACUGCCCAUCCAAAAGCAUCUGCUGUUCCAGCAUCUGAAUCUGAGGACAUGGCAAUUGCAAAUCCUACUGACGUGAACAGUAAUGGGAAUAUCAUUGUUCUGCAGGAUGUUCCUGCUGCUCCUUCUUCCAUUCAAGCUCCAGGAAAUUUGGUCGCUGCUCAACUUUCUACUUCCACUAUUAUUUCAACUACGAACACCCAGCCCAAAGUAAACAGCAUUGUAAAAUCAAAUCCUAAAGAAGCAAUCAUUCAGGGUAGCGGAGAUAACACUGGAAAAGGAACUGUUGUGCCAGCACCAAAACCUUUUGAAAUUCGGGAGAAUCCUGGAAAUGCGAGCACAAAAACAAUCAAUGCGAGAAACUCGUCUAAAAAGGCAAAGUUGAUGACUGGAGAUGAUACCGCUGUCGUUGCAUGGAAUCCCUAUGGACAGCAACAAAUUUCUACAUCAGGUCAAACAUCAGUGACGCUGCCGGUAUCAUCUGUGCCACAAGUUGUUGUGAAUCUUGUACAAGGAUAUGGUGCUUAUCAACCAGUUGAUCCAAACUUAUGGAACUCAAGUCAGCAACAAUGGGCCCAGGUACAAGUUGGUAAAGGACCGUUUGUAACAACUGGGGUGAUUCCUAUCGCUUCUCAUGUCAAACCUGAACCAACACCUGCAACUGCUGUACAGCUUGGUGCCGAAUCAACAAACACAACGGACAAUGGUGGUGGAGGUUCUGGUGGCGCAAGAUCUAACUCACCGAUGUCAUAUACAACAUUAUCCUUAGUUUCACAAGAUCCUCCCCAAUCUGAUACUAGAGUGGAAGUUGAUACAACACCUGUUGAAACUCCUACUCCUGCUCAAGUCGAAACAUCAGGAGUAAACACACAAACAAACCAGGCCUUGACUGUGUUUGUGCCAUCUCGUACUCCUGUUAACAACCAGCGACACCAGCCCGUAAUACCAACGGAACUGAAUCUCGAUAACAUCCAUUUUACGCAAAUAUCAACAGAUGAUGCCCAGCAAAGACUGACGUCCGCUCCUGUCACAUCAACACCGACAAAUUUUCCUCAACAUGUUGCUGUUAUGAAUAAUCUAACAAUGUCUAAUUCAAGUGGAGAUGACGGUACAAGAUGUGAUACUGGUACAAUAAUGAUGCAGUCUGAAGUUGAACAACUUCGAAUACAACAUCAGCAGUUACAAAGAUUGCAGCAAAUGGAAUCAGAGAAUGGUGUGCCCGUUACUCCUGCUGAGAAUAUUGUGCAAGCAGACGCUGUUAAAGCGAUACUUGCAACCUCUAAACGCAAAAGAAAGGCACCAUCAAGAGUUUCAAAGUCUGAAGAUGGAACCGGCAACACUCACGAACUGCAUGCACAUAGCAACGUCAGAAAAUCUAGAAGUCUUGCCGAAACUGUAUUGGUGACGAUAACUCCAGAACACUUGGAAUAUCUUUAUCAAAAAUAUCCCGAAAUUAAAAAGGAACCUCCAGUGUCUGGAUCAUGUGACGUUAUGCAACUGUUGCAACAUGGCAAGGCCAGACAAAGGAAAUCAUCUGAACAAAAUGCUUUAAAUAAUACCAUUCGAACCAUUCUUGAUUCAACUGGGAUCGUUGAAUCGGGAGAUGCCAGAGUACAAGAUGCUGUUUGCUUGAUAAUGGACAGGUUCACAGUUCUUCAAGAUCAUAUGAACGAUUCUUACAUUCGCAAGCAAUUGUCAAUUAAAGUGAAACAUUCAAUACAUUGCAAGAAAUGGAGAUUAAAAAGACACAAAUUAAAGCAACAAAUGGAAAUAUCAUCUUCAUCAUCACCUGAUACUCACACAUCAUGGAUGACGGAUCCAAAUAAUACAAGCAAUAUAUCUAUCGACCCGAACAAUUCGUUAUCAUUAGAUACUACCAGUUCUUUGCUCGAGGACAGUUUACAUAGCUGAUCCCAUGUUGAUACAGUUUUGUUAAUACAAAUAAACUGAAAACUGGUACUAUCGCCAUGUCGAGUUCCACCAGGAUUUCACUUCGGCUAACCAAGGGAAAAAUGGGACAGCAGUCUGUUUUUAGAUCAGGAUGUUACCUCCUGAAUCUAUCCUUGUUUUUUCUUAAUUUUGAAUUUCUUUCUUCACCAUGCAAACUGAGAAUUAGUCGAAUACAUAAGUUGGUGAUUUAUAAAAUAACCUAUUGUGGAUCUUUGUUGAUAGCCGGCAUAAUGAUUUGCUUUACUCAAAAAACAUAACGGAAGUUCUGAUCGUCAGAGCUCAAUGUUAGAUUGGAGACCACUUAGUUCAGAUAUUCAUUUCAGUAUGGAAACUAUGACUUGAUCUUACCUGAAAGAACUCCUCUAAAUAUUGGCUUUGUUCGGUGAAACGUUCCUUUUUAAUGAACACUAAUUUUGGAACAAAUAGAAAAUGCCUAAAUCAUCUGCGGCAACAACUGUUAAACAUCCAAUAAGUUUGGAACGUAUUAAACCAUGUUUCCUGCCCAGAGUGACAAUUGACUUGCCAAUAUAAAAAAAUUUUAACCAAUAUAUGUUAAAAGCAAGAAUUUUCUUUCAUGGAAUAAAUUUUUGCCAACUACUGUCAUUUUUUAAUUUUGGAUAUUGUAUGGCCAUAAAUAAGAACUAGCAAAUUAACAAAGGGCCAUUUUGUAUGUAUUCAAUCAAUUUAGAUACAUCUUUCAGAAUAUGCCAAGUUUUACCGCAAUAUAGAUUGAAUGUUUUUGUCUAUUUAAUCAUGAGGAUUGUUCAUCAAAUUUCCAAAUAUAAAGUUCUCUAACAAUUGGGUAAAUGCAUCUGAAUAAUCAACUGUUUCUACCAUAAUACGAAUGUGCUAUCAAGAUAAUUGAUUUUAUUUUUACUUCUAAAUUUUGUUUUUUUUUACUACUGCCUUUUAUUAUAUCUUGAACGUUUUAUCUGUAUUAGGCUCCAUUCAUGUCCAAUUUGAAAAAAAAAACAUUGUCUUGGACUCAAUCUAAUUUUAUCCAAUACUGAAAUGAGAAACUGCUCAAUGUUGUUUGUACUGAAUGCACUUAGAAAAAACAAAAAAAUUGGUAGCGUAAAAGUCCUGCAAAUUAGAAUUUCAAGAAUGAUGAAGAAUCAUUAAGUUUACAAUGAUUCCUCUUUUUUACCAAUAGUGGAAUAAUUGAAUAAUCAUUUUUUGUGUCAGGUAAUUCUAUUUGUUGUAUGUAUUUCAUAGCCCACAAUACUAGGUGAAGGUUUUUUUUAUUCCAGCUUCAAUGAGGGACUUGAUUUAUCAUAUAUUUUAUACACUCUUCUGUCCCUUGAGAGCCUUCCUGUGCGUUGUGGAUUGUAUUGAAGAGGUUUCUAUUACUUGCAGAUAUUUGAAACAAUUAGGCAAAUGUUGGUGCUUGCAUAACUAUGUUAACUUGAAGUAUUUCAAUGAUAUUUUAAACUUCUUUCAUAUGUACAGUAAUAUUUUUCAAAAUUAAAGUAGUGUAAAUAAAAAUCUUGUACCAUUAUAGUG